AUGAGUAGCCUGCGGUCUCUGCUGCGCCGCUGCUGGCUGCCGUCCCUGCUGCUGCCGGCGCUCCUGCGCGCCGGGGCGCUGCGGCAGAGCCGCUCGCCGAGGGGAGCGAGGGCUCGGCAGCGGGAUGAGCCCAGGGCCAGUGAAGGCGCUGCGGGCGCUGGGCGUCAGGAUCUUGGGGAAAUGAGCGAAGUUAGGCAGGCGUUCGAAAAACAGGGAAGGCGGACUGCGUUUUCCAGGAAAACGCGCUCCGACCUGUGCGAGGUGAGACGCAUCCUGGUGCGGAGCCAAGAGAUGUUCGCAGCAGGCUACUCUACUGAACCUGAGGAUAUGCCUUUGGAAAGCACUGAAAUGACACAGGAUCAGCUGCUGAACUAUCAGUUGAUGUUUCCCAUAGGCCAGGACAAAUCCAUCCCCUGGAAUGCCAUCACUGCAUAUGAAAACAUGAAAGCAAAGAGAAUAUCUGAACUCAAGAAAUGGAAAGAGCAGGGACCCUGUCAGAAGGAGCUCUACAGAGCCCUGUAUAAAUUGGUGAAGGCACAGCAGAGAAGCGGAGGGGAGAUUUACAAAUUCUACUUGCCCAACUGCAACAAGAAUGGACUUUACCACAGCAAACAGUGCGAAACAUCACUGGAUGGAGAGUCUGCUGGAUGCUGGUGUGUCUACCCAAAAAAUGGAAGAAGAAUUCCUGGAUCUCCAGAAAUGAAAGGAGACCCCGAAUGCCAACAGUAUCUCAACUCACAAGAAUAA